CACGUCAGUGAUUUUGUCACGUUUGUUUACUUCAUCAGUGUCCUGUAGAUCGCCAGGCCAUUAAAAAGUCCUCGAUUUUGGCAUUAAAAUGAACGCAAAACUACGAUCAAAUAAAGCUUUGAAUCCGAACUACACCGGUAUACCGCUUCGAUAUGAAGACAGCAAGCCGAUGAUGACACAAUCUUUUACACAUAAUGAUAUACUUGGUAUUGGCCAAUCAAUUCAUACAAAAUGGGAACAAGAUGCAUUAUCUGAAAGAGAGGCUGCCAUAAGAGCUGCCGAAGACUCUGUGUGGGCUGAGGGAGAGAGAUUAAAAGAUUCAGAAAUCCAAAAGGUAAAACUAAAGUGCUUGCAGGAAAAGGAAAAGGCAUUGAAAGAUUUACAAACUCAGCAUGAACGAAAUCUUAAGGAAGAGGCUCUGCGGAUAGAAGGUGAAAUGCAAAAAAUGGCAAUUGAGCAGGUGCGUGCAGAACGAGAGUCGGGGGAAUCAAUUUUACGUGAGACAGUCCAAAAAGCAAUCGCAAAAUGUGAAGAAGAGAGAAUAAAAGCUAUAGAAGAUACAAGAGAUGAAGAGAAGACUUUAGCUUCAAAAGAGGCAGCUAGAGUUGCCAAGGAGGUUGCCAAGCAACGAGAAGCAGCUGCAAAACUAUCAAGAGAAGACAGAGCAAAUGCAUUGAUGACCAUUGAGAAAAGGUUAACAGAUGACAAAAACAAAGCUGUUUGUGAUGCACAGAAAACAGAAAGGCAAAAAGCAGCAACAGAAAUUCAAAGGUUAAAACAGUUACAUGCCAAAGAAAUUAGCAAAUUAGAGACAAGAAUUAAAGAAGAGAAAGUAGCCCACAAACUCACUGAAAACCAACUCGAACUGAUAACGAAAGAGAAAGACAUGUGGAUUAAAAAACACGAACAUUUGAAAGAAUCGUACCAGCUUUUUAUCGAUGAAACUAAAGGCUUUCAGUCAGGACAGGCAGAUUUUUUGCUUAAGUAAUUUUAAUGUGUGGUUUCAAUUCAGGUUUGUUUUAACUGCUUUUAUUUUCCAUGCCAAAGUAUCAAGUAUCUUUCAUUGAAACUACAGUAUUCAACACACUAUGUGUGUUUUUUUUUUUUUUUGGUAUUAAAAUGUGCUUUCUUUCACCAAAGUCAUUUCGGAAAUAGUGUAUCUUUCUUCAACAGCAGGAAUACUAACAGUAUAGUGUUAUUAUUUAUCAUCAUCAAUAAAGUGAUUAUUUUUAUUUGCUUUGUAUUGGUUUUCGUGCUAAAUUGUGUUUCUUGUAAUUUUUGACAUAUGUGUGCUGUCAAUAAAAAUUAUGGUUUUUUACAUUGAAAAUUUAAUGAUCUUCUUUCUAACAAAAUGAAUAAUAGUAGCCAAGAAUAUAACCCAGUUACUAUUAUACACAUAUUACAUGUCGCGUUACCAACAAAGUGAUGGUUUUAAUUGCAGUUAUGGAAUGUUUCAAGCUAGAUCUUUUUAACAAGAUUAAUAAUAUUGAUUACAAUAUUAAGUGUACACACAAAAUUGUUAUCGAUUGCUUAUGGGUUUAUCUUAAAUAAAUCCUUAACAUCAAAUAUCUAGGAAAAUUCAGUAUUGGAAUUGAAGUAUGCCUAUUACACAUAGUCCUAAGUGCUUAAUGAAUACAUUAUUUUGAUUUUACUGUAUUUGCCAUAUACAGUACAAAGUUUAAUAGUAGAUUCACAGUAAUACACUUAACAUGUGUUAAUUUAUGCUUUCAUUGGUUGUUUCGUGACCAUUUAUCUCUAACCAAGUUUUUUUCAUGAUGUUUUAUUAAAUAUAAUACCAAAAAUAUUUUUAGCAACAAGGGGCAGGGUUUACCAAAAAGUCUAUCAAGGGCCCUUCAUACCUGCUUUAUUAUAUUCAAUUGAAGGCUAUCUGGUUAUUACUUAGUAUGCAGUAUUUUGAGAAUGAUGGUCGUUACGGGAAAAGUCUAAGGGAGUAUGCCAGCGUCUAACUUAGCCUGGUCUCACAGCUUAGUUGAAACCAAACUGUAAUCAGGUGGUCUUAUUCAGUACGUUUUUAUCAAACAAUAAUAUGUGUACGUGUUAUCAAUGUAAAUUAUAUGAAAAAGGAUUAUUAGUAUCAGCUUAGCUUUCUUACAGUAUUUUGAACUAUAUUUUACCUGUUUUUAUCAUUCUGAUGUGUAAUAUGAGAGCAAUAAGUUCCCUUGAAAGGAUGAAAU